GGCAUCUACAGUGGCAUGCGUGAUCGUUUUGUUUGAGGCGGCAGGAUUGUACAAAUUGUAACGGUUGUCGCGUUGUAACUUUACUUGCAAACUAGUCAUGAACAAUAUCGCACAGCAAGAUGCUUAGCUCAGAAACACUGCCGUGAAUCACGCAUCAUCAGUCACUCCGCAUCACAAGUCACUCAAAGUUUUCUUGCUGCCGGAAAACAAAAAAGCCAUGGAAUCCGCCCCCUUAAAAGACGCCGAAAAUGCCACCGCUGCAAAGACGACGCAAUGGAUGAAGCCUAACGAUAUCCUCAAGCUUCGCAAGGCCGUUAAGCGUCGUCUACAGCCCAGAGCUCUACAACCGGUCAGCGUGAACGCCAUCAACGGUGCUACAAGUCUCCCCGUGAAGCGUGAAUGCAGUCUCAACCCUUUCCGGUGUCCGGUGCAGAAAAAGCCUCGGUUGGAAGAUGUUUACCCACUGCUUCACCGGACAACAGCGCCUCCACCGGCUACGUUGCCACAGAGACUCACGGUUUCGAAGGUUGCCGUAGACUCCUAUGAUGAUGAAACAAGACACUCUCUGGUAGACGGUGUAAAGCCUGAACAGUCAAAACAGUCACGAAGACUGCCGGGUCUUCCCCUGGACUGGAGCCUGAAGACUCGCGUACGCUUCUGCUCGACCAGCCACUUCCCCUGGAGCGGGAGCCUCAAGACGUGCGAGGAGGCCAGCGGAACGACUGGUUUUGUGCGGGCCAUCCACUCGACAGGCAGCGAGGAGUCUGCAGCCGAGCGAGGGAGCCUGGACAGCAGCCCGCAAGCGCGCUUCCACCAGAACUGCCUCGUUUGGAUGCAUCCUCAUCUGCCCUGGCUGAGGCUGUUUCCCCGACACGGUGUGAUGGCCAACGCGUCGACGUCCAAGGAGGCUACCUCCCUGUUUGCUGACCCCGCCAGCCCUGCACGGGUGGCCCUGCAGGGGGACUGGGCACAGAGCUUUCGCUCCCUGUACCAGCUGCUGCGUGCCCGACAGUGCCCCUACUUCUACGUCUGCGCACCCACGUUCACCGUGCUGUUUCGGGCCGCAGGGGUGGCCGGCCUGGCCGACAUGCACGCCCUGAUGACGCCCACAACGCGGGGCCUUAGGCAGGCGCUCCGGGACGAAGGGAUCACGUUUAGCAUGCCUCUGUGCACCAGCCAAGAGCAGAUGGACGAGACAGUAGACGGUGCAUCACAGUCCCCACCUUCAGAAGCUAAGAGUGACGGCCAAGAGGACAAUGCACCAGAAGAGGAAACGGUGACCUGGCUGGAAAGCUUGGGCCUCAGCCAAGCAGAUUUUCCAUCUCUCAACACAACACGGAACAAAAUGCUGGACGAGAGCAGGGACGACCGCAGGCCUAGGUCACUGGUGUUUGUCGAGCGAGGCGAAACGCUGGCGCUGUUCAACUUCCUUCUCAACAGCCGCGCCUGUGUCUGUCCCACGGGGCCCCUGGCCGGUGUGCCCCCAACACUCAUCUCCCCUGUGGCCUUCCAUGGAGCCAGUUUGCGGUCACUCAAGGUGCGGCAAGGCUGGGUCAAGCAAAAGGACACGGAAGUGCACAUGGUAGAGAUGAGUGGACCCAUCCUUCCCAGCGCACUGCAUGGCCUGUGUACUCUGUUUGGAAGUAGCCAGGAGAAGGGUGCCUUCUCGUUCGUGACUGCGCCCGACACUCCCACGGCGGCCUUCAACGCCUUCCAGCCUCAGCCGGCUGCUGCACCCGCCGCCUUUGCGACAGAGGCACUCAAGGACUGUGGUCUGUCGCUGCCCUUCGUGCAGCAGGUUUGCGGGAAGCCCAACGGACCUACGCCCGUGCUCACCCACGUCCAAGUCGACGACGGCAGCUAUGACAUCGGUUGCCGCUAGAAAGCCCGGCUUUGAGCCGGAGAACUGGUUAAGAAACUCGGUGUUUCCUGUUGUUGUUGUUGCUUGUGCCAUCACAAUUGGACUGUCGGGGCAGCCGUGUUGCACAUAGUACAGCCUGUGUGCGUUUGCAAACAGGACUUGUUGCCUUUCGAGCGUCGAGGGACCCACUCCUAUGCCUGUGACGAGAGGACAUUGUACUUUGGCUCGUUGCAUUUCUGCAUUUGGGCCGAGGCAGGCGUUGAGUAACAGUCUGAAGAAUAAUGAAUGGCACCUUACUGGCGUUUUUAUUGGGACUAUUGUCUUUGUGCUCAAAUGCUUAUUUUGGGUGACAGUGAGGGAUCUGUGAAAGCCCCUUUUGUUUUUCUUUUUCACUACGUUUCGAAGGCUCUGGCAGGUGUCUCGCUGAGCUAUGACAUGGGUGUUCAUCUCGUUGGCUUCAGUGUAGUUCCCCGCAUCAGUGUGAAGGCGAUGAGAUGUUGCGAGGCUGUGGUUGUCGGCUCGUGUAGUACACUCAAACCUCAUUAUAACAAACAUGGAUAUAACGAAUUAUCAGUUAUAACGAAGUAAAUGAAGAAUAGUCUUGUCAUAGCUACAGUGUUAAAAAUAAACGUUUAUAACGAAUUUUCGAAUAUAACGAAGUUAUUUUCGUGGCAGAUGCGACUGUUAUAAUGAGGUGUGAGUGUACUCGCAACGAACACUCUUUGCUCAUAUAUACGGCAACAAUACACAGGUUGACUUGCAUAGUAAUAUGGAGGCAACAUUCUAAUGACUCAUUUGUGUAUAAAGGUGCAAAGACACCAAAAAAGUAGUUCUUUAUAUCUGUUGUCCAACAAAGCGGCGAUAAAGCUGUGCAUCACCUAAUUUUAUUUACAACCUGAGAGAGAAAAACUGGCGACUGUGGCCACAAAGAGUCAAUAUUUAUUAGAAACGGUACAGUUAACAGUGGGUGUCGAGGGGUAAGGGCGUGCUAGCGUUGUGGUAUUGCUCAAAGCCAGUUUUCUUACGAAGGUCGCAAAGCAUUAGCACAUCUCUAGAAUGAGUGUGCACAUGCCUGUAUGCCACUUCUUGGUCAAAUGACCGGACUAGGAAAGUACUGUCGGCCAAAGAGCUCUGUCACGGUUGUAGAACCAAAAAGCGUAUCACUGUCGUAACUCUUUGGUGUAGUGCGGUGCAUUGUAUGCAGCUUCUACUAAAGGAAUUAACUGCUAGCAUUGCCAGUGCAGGAAGUCUUCACAAACACCUGCACAUUAUGGGGUGUGGAUGAGCACAUUCUCAGUAAUGUUUAUGUUGGUGAACCACAUUCAUGGCCUCUACUGCACUUUGGGAAACUAUGUUGGAUCUCGAUAUAGUGUAUGUGGAAUGGAGGACUGUUCGAUGUAAUGUAGCAAAUUGUAAAUAUUUCUCAGCGAUAUCAGCAUCUUCACAACACCUGCUUAUAACAAAUAUAGGAUGUAUCGAAUGUAUUUUAGUGUCAAACAUGGCUUCGUUAUAACGAGGGUUCACUGUACUGAAGUGGAGCGAAGGUGCAUUGUAUUUGCCAUCUUUUUUUAUUUUUCGUUGUGAACUUCAGUUUUGUCUGAGAGCUAAUACUAGUAAAACUUUAAUGUGAGUGAUGUGCUAUCUGAAUGGUGUGUCUGGUACUUGAGGUGCAUACGGGAAACUCUUGUCUUGUGGUGUGAUGCUACGUUGCUUGUUGUACGACACCCAUGAACUUGCCUGUGACACCGCGUGUACUGUCCCUUGCCACAGACACCUUACACUGCCUGACGACUGUUAUGUACGUUUUGCACUUGCCGUGUUUGUUAUUGAACAUUUGUGUUCUGUCUGUUUUAGUUGUGUGUAAUGAGAUGCCUGUGUAUAGUCCGUUAUUUUGGGGUGCAGGAAGCAGCUGUUCCUUGCAUCUGUUUGUGGCCGUUGCGACCGCAUUUCGAUGGAGGCGAAAUGCUAGAGGCCCAUGUACUUAGAUUUAGGUGCACGCUAAAGAACAGCAGAUGGUCAAAAUUUCCAGAGCCCUCCACUGCGGCAUUCCUCAUAAUCAUAUCGUGGUUUUGUGAUGUAAAAUCUCAACAAAUAUUACUGUAUUGCAUCUGCUUGUCACAAAAAACGAAGCACGGGUUGCAGUGCUUCAUUUAUUUGAGGAAUAGUAAUGUUAUACAGUUGAAACCCGCAAUAACGAAAUCGGCGGGGAAAGCACAAAAUUUCGCUUUUGCGGGAAUUUCGUUGGCGCGGGAAUGCGGCAGAAAAGACAUGGAAUUUACAGAAAAACGCUUUUAUUUCCAAAAGUCAGUAAGUUUGCUUUGGCGGGCCUUGCCAUGCAGCAAUUUCAUGCCUCUCGACCGGGAAUCUCGUUUGCCACGGCACAAAGUUCCCCCCGCGCACUGGUCAGUGACGGCGGCACUGCGCUGUCAUACCGUCAUCAAGUGCGCCUACAGGCGAACCUUCUUCCGGCUCCGCUGGAUCAGCGCGGAUCAGCGCAGAAUCGUGGACAGCGAGGUGCACGCAACGCCGCAUUCUUCGGCGAUGUCUGUUUUUUUUUCCUACCCUUUUCCACCUCACUGAUGAUUGCAGCCUUAUCUUCCAGCGUGAUGAACUUCCGCUUUUUCGUUGGAGGUGGCAUCUUCGCAGGCAGCGAAAUCGGACGAAGCAAUCGCAACGCCCAGUUCACGUUGCACAAAGCGACCAAGCAAACGCUCCACAAAUGGCUCCACACACGCGACCAAGUGCGCGCAAAGCCGACAAAGCCAAGCACAGAGCCAAGCGAUAGUUUUGCACAAGUGUAGCAUGAAUGCAUUUCAGCAGUUUUUAAUUUGGUAAUGUUGCGAGAGUAGAUUAUUUGCGCACUCGUGUUUCAAAAAUUUCGUUAAUGAGGGACUGCGGUAUGAAUAUCUUUCGUAGUUGCGAGUUACGAAAUGCAUUGACUCCUAUGGGCGUUCGCCGGUGCUCCGAAAAUAUUUCGUUGCGGUGAGAAUUUCGUUCCCUCGGGAUUUCGUUAUCGCGGGUUUCGACUGUAUCAGUUUUGUGCAGUUGUAGUGUGAGCACGUGUCAUUACUAGACGAAUGAAGUUACGGUGGUUACUUGUUCUAGAAAGCUGUCACAGUCAUCACCUCCAUAUCAAAUGUGCAAACUUAAGUGCACCCAAUAUUUGAGAAAAAUUUUAUGCGUAGUCGGCAAAGGAGGGUCUUACCUGUUUUUCUAGUGAAAAAUGAGAGCUUGUUGCUGUGGGAUUAAAUGGAGUAGCAGUCUCCAUGUGUGCCAUGAUAGCACUUUCGCAACGUCAAAGAUGGAAUUGGAGAGUAAGCAAAAAAUUGGGAAAUCUGUGAAGCUUUCAGUAGCUAUGCACCAUUGAAAAAAUGGAAAAGCUGCCAGUAUAUUCUUGGUUUACAUCUGUACCGAAAUGUUUUUUUUUAACCUUUGCCAAGGAGGCACUGACAUGCUGCUUGCAGUGCACUGACCCUCCACAGUGGCACGAGGUCACGGGUUCAAUACCUAACUAUGCAUGUUGGCUGCAAUGGAAUGCGAAAUGCUUGUGAACUCAGGUGUAGGUGCAAUUUAAAGAAGAAAAACCCAGAUGGUCGAAAUUAACUGUAUUGCCCACCCCCUGCAGCGUUUUCUGUAUGGACAGUAUAUAUAUAUAUUUUGAUAAAACUGCUUGGUCAGCAAGUUGUGGUGUGUAAGGACUUUUGAGACGCCGUGAUAGAGUGGGCUACAUUUAUGAAGAGUGACCAAAGACACUUGUUUGCUGUAAAACGCGUGUGUGUGUAGUUGAAUGCAACUGGCACCUUUAGAAGGAUUCGUGAAAUGAAGACGCAUGCUCACUUGCAAAUGAAAGUGGUGCCUUGUGGUUGCCAUGCCAACAUAGGGGAAAAUGCUCUGCAAUGGACACCGUAACGCUCUUUUUCGAGGCAGAAGACUGGCCGUAAGCAAAUGGCACGUCCUUUUUUCAGCGAAACUGGAACAAUAUCUGCACUGGAUAAGAGCAGUGAGAAUCCGAACUUGCAUAGAAACGCAGCAGUAGAAGCUUCUAAGCAAGUUGACGUGGUGUCUGAACGUGAGUAUGUAAUGUGUAGGUUCGGGAACAAUUGCAAGAAAAAGAACUGAGGUAGGCUUACGCCAAGUAAGGUCUAGAAGUAAAACCUUAGAGGGCCCCUAAACCACCCCGAGGCCGAAAUUUAGUUGCAAUGUAUCAGUUGUGCACGAGUACAACGAACGUGUAGCUGCGAGAAUUUUCCGAAGGGGCGCCAUAAUAGUGGAAUUACACGGGUUUCAUGAUAAAAAGAUUGGCCCUCACUCGUUUUGCACUUUCCUUUGUUAGACUACGUUCGUCGGCUGGUAUCUCCUCGCAGAGUUCUCUUCCUUGUGUUGUUCAGCAUAUGGCGGUGAAGAGCACCUGCUACCUACUAGCGACCGGCAGGCACUUGUUUGACAAAUUGACAGUGUUUGUUCCAGUUGAUGUUGUGGGAGCACUAGAGAUGUUGGAAAAGCCCAGAGAGGAGCAUGGGAUUGUUUUUUUGAUAUCGGGGUGCGCUUGCUGUGCGUAGCGCUGCCCUGCUUGGCAUUGUUGAUAGGGGCUGUAUUUUGAACUCGCAUCUUUACUUGAAUCGUUAAAAAAUAACGGAGGUGGUUUAGGGGCCCUUUAAAAGAACGACUAAAUUGCUAACUGCAUAGUUAAGGCGUAUGGAAUCUUGUAGCUUUGAUUGAACAGCUUGUCUUGUUUUGAAUGGGUUGUGAGUGUGUAUAUUUAAAAAAGUAAAAAAAAAAUGGAAUGGAUGCUUGUGUACUGUAUAAAGCUUUAUGAACUUCCAUGUGGGUGAAGUAUUGUCUAAUUUUUGUGUUUGUAAUAUGCUGGUGUUUCUCUUUACAUUUUUGAUAGGGUUGAAUCCUGUGCGUUGCAAACAAAGCGCACGUUUUGGCUUUACUGUUGCCGUGUGUUUCGGCACACCAUCAACACGUGUAAAUAUGUGAAUGGUGCAUCUUGCAUGGUUUUGUGCAGUUUCAAAGGGUAUGGUGAAUUUUACUGUAGACUACAAUUUUGUUGGCUCACAAUUGCGUCUUCCUCUUUUCAUGGCCCGUUUUAAUUAUGGACGUGGUGUGUUUCACUGGUUUUAGCUAUGCAAUUGGUAAAUACUUACAUGAACUCAUGAACCAUAUAGCUUUCAUUUCAUCUCUAGUUUAAGACUGAAAUUGUGUGUCUCCUAACCUUUUCGUGCAAGUUUCUCACGCGUGCUUGAGGUGUAGCUGAUUCUUGAAAUAUGAAUGCAAUUCUCAUUCAUUAUAUAUACACAGUGUCCGUGUUUAUGUCUGCGUAGGCUGGCGUGCAUCUGUUCAUAUUGUCAAGACAUCGUUGCUCAUGUGUACUGCGGUCUCGUUUCCUCGUAAAAAUGGUAUGAUUGUAGAAUGUGCGGUAGUGUUAACAUUAUGUGGUGGUAUUAACAGUACAUUCGGUCAGGCCGAAAUGUAGCACUGCAAACCCAUUCGUGUCGGCCUUUCGGAGCGCUGUUCUCUCCUCUCGUAAGCACUGAGACGGAGAUUUUUUUCGCCUUCAACCCGAGAGCGUGAUCGAGAAGCGCUUGAGUUCGUGUGACGUGGCUGUUGCGACAUUUGUUGUUGGUGGACAUUUGCUCGGACAAAUUUUCCAACCUGAAGUUUCGGCCGUGUUGUUGCAGCCAAGGGCCCCCGCGUGCGCUAGGAUCCGGCCGAAUGUACCAUGGGGUGGUUGAGGUGGUGGUGUCAUUGAACUGAGUGUUUAUAGCUUCAGUUGUUUGUCAAUAUUCAAUGCAUGUGUCUAUGGUACAGUCUCAUCUUUUUUCUCUACCUCUCUGUGCUUUCACGGUUCAUUAAGAUGUCGGCUGCCUCGCAAAGCGGCUAGUCAUAGUUCAAAACUAUGGUCUUCCAACCAAAUGACUGGCUUUGGGGUUUGCAAGCACUGCCUCAAGGGACAUUGUAUAAAGAUCAUUAGUACAAAUUGGUGGUGUUUCUCGGCUUCAUCUCCAAUCAUUUUGGCCAUCAACAUUCGAGGAAGCCUCACAUACAAAGCAUAGUUUACAUAGCCAUUUUCAUCCGUUAGAGGUUAGCUUCUCCUUAAUUUGUCGUCACAGAUCGCCCAUGUCACUGGUCUCAGCCGCAGGCUGUUUGCAUUCUGAAUGUUUUGGGCAACUUGUAAUGACAAACCAAAGAGACCCUUACGAUAAAGCCACUUGUAUUUGACCAAUGUGAGUGUGUUAAUUUGUGACUUGAAAAGCGGUCUUUCAAUGCAUGAACUCUUCAUCUCGCGAAAAAAGUCUAGUUAGUCGUGUUGUCUUGUCUUCACUUCAUCUCCCCAUGCUGCACUUUUCACCUUCUCAGCACUGAUGGGUAUGUUUGGGUGGGAGUUUUGCGUUGUAGUUUUGUUUACAUCAUACGUGGGCUGAAAUAAACUAUUUAUUAUACUGUA